AUGUCGACGUCUAUCAACAUGGCGACGCUCGACGAAAAGAAGACUCCUCAGGCAGGCCUCCACAUCGACACGGCAGUUACAGACACGGCCGUCCCCGAAAAGACGGUGGCCAUCUCCAACGUGACGACGGCGUGCCCGACGGCCCUCGACAAGACGCCGUCGUACAGCGGCCAGACGACGCCCCGGUCGGAAAACGUCAACCCGUUCGACACGGACGUUGAGGCCAUGGUGACCAACUCGUCGUCGGACAAGUGCCUGCGCUCGAGCGUGGUGCUGACGCGCAAGAACGACUGCCAGGUCUGGCCCGGCCAGGACCAGUGGAAGCAGCGGGCCAAGGCGGCCAAGAAGCAGCGCGGCUGCAAGUGCAUGGCCCGCCUCAGCCGCCGCAACCGCAUCGCCGUCAAGGUCCUGCUGGUGCUGCUCGUCGUCGGCGCCGCCGUGGCCAUUGGCUUUGGCGUCAGCAAGCCCCUGGGCGCGCCCAUCUGGGGCGACAAGAACAAGCAGAACUAG